AUACUUACAGUGAUAACAAGCAGAUUUGCAGCAGAUGGAAAGGCCACGAUCGCAGUAUAUCAGGCGAAGGCCAAUAGAGAUAUGAAAGUAAUUAGUUCCAAGCUUCCCAAUUGCAUUCAACGUCGCCAGCACAGUUAAUGCACAUUGAAUGGGCAGACCUUGAAGUCCCUGCUGUCAAGUUUCUGUGUUCAAUUUACAUCUUCCCGAGUUCAGUCUACAAAGAUGCGCCUUUUGGUCUCGCUCGUAAUCACUCUGUGCUCUCAGCUCAUCGUACUGGAAGCUGCAGUACCAGUACCUAGAAAUAUUUCGAAAAGCUCUGGCUGCUUUUUGGAUGGAAAAAGUUUUCAGGUUGGAGAACAGUAUGACAUUCCAGGGAACUGCUUGUUAAAUGUAUGCGUGGGUAACAAUCAAUGGACAACAGCUUCAUGUGGUUAUGUAGUUGUGCCUGAAGGUUGGACCUACGUUCUUGAGGACACUACCAAGCCAUACCCGCAAUGUUGUACCCGUGUGAUUCCUCCUUACUGCAAUGAAUUUAGAAAAUGAUAUUAUAUAUCUUGGCGAUAGGUACUAAUCACUGCAAGUUGUUAUUGCCAUUAUACUUCAUUAUAAUUUAAGAAACAAACAACACAAGUAUAACUUUGUACCAUAAGGUAAUAUGUUUUCAAAUUUAUAUCUUUAAUGCUUAUUAACUUAAAAAUAAUGUUACCGAAAAAUAAUAAUAAUAAUGAUAUAAAUACUAAAAAUAUUCUCGGUUAUAAUUUAAGUUUAAAAACUCAUUUUUAAACAACUGAUUAAAAUAUUUGGAAAAUUUCUAAAUGAAACCAGUCCAGUAUGACUAAAGUUUGGGUAAAGAUAAGAAGGUUUAAUAUAACCCUAAAUAAAAUUGGUUAUGACUAUAUAUUAGUAUAACCACAGUCUUUCAUAAUUAUAAACCUAUUUUACGCUUUAUGUUGUCAUAUUUAUAUGAAAUCACUAUGUAAUGUAGAAUAUCUACAGCUUAAGAUUAUAACAUAAAGUAUGUAAUUUUAAUAAACAUUGUCUGUAUGACUUCAAUAUUUGUUUAUUACUUAUCACUAACAAUCAGUUUAAAACAAUUGACACAUUGCAAUAAAAAGUGUUCACUUA